CCCGCGCGCGGCCCGCUGGCCCGGUGCUCGGCGCUCGGUGCUCGGCGCGCUGCGCUCUCGGCCAUGCAGCGCCGGGGCGCCCUGUUCGGCGUGCUGGGCGGCGGCGGCGGCAGGAAGAUGGCUGCAGGCGACAUCGGCGAGCUGCUGGUGCCCCACAUGCCCACGAUCCGCGUGCCCAGGUCCGGGGACCGGGUCUACAAGAGCGAGUGCGCCUUCUCCUACGACUCCCCGAACUCUGAAGGUGGACUCUAUGUAUGCAUGAAUACGUUUUUGGCCUUUGGAAGGGAACAUGUUGAAAGACAUUUUCGAAAAACUGGACAGAGUGUAUACAUGCACCUGAAAAGACACGUGCGAGAGAAAGUAAGAGGGGCAUCUGGUGGAGCUUUACCAAAAAGGAGGAAUUCCAAGAUUUUUUUAGAUCUAGAUACUGAUGAUGAUUUAAAUAGCGACGAUUAUGAAUAUGAAGACGAAGCCAAACUUGUUAUAUUCCCAGACCACUAUGAAAUAGCGCUACCAAAUAUUGAGGAGUUACCAGCCCUGGUAACCAUUGCUUGUGAUGCAGUUCUCAGCUCAAAAUCUCCAUACAGGAAGCAGGACCCAGACACAUGGGAAAACGAAUUGCCAGUAUCUAAAUAUGCCAGUAACCUCACCCAGCUGGACAAUGGAGUCAGGAUUCCUCCAAGUGGUUGGAAGUGUGCCAGGUGUGACCUGCGGGAGAACCUCUGGUUGAAUUUGACUGAUGGCUCCAUCCUGUGUGGGAAGUGGUUCUUUGACAGUGCUGGGGGCAACGGACAUGCGCUGGAGCAUUACAGAGACAUGGGCUAUCCUUUGGCCGUGAAGUUGGGAACCAUCACUCCUGAUGGGGCAGAUGUUUAUUCUUUUCAAGAAGAGGAACCUGUCCUGGAUCCUCACUUGGCCAAGCACUUGGCACAUUUUGGAAUCGAUAUGCUUCACAUGCAUGGGACAGAGAAUGGGCUCCGGGACAACGACAUCAAGCCGAGGGUCAGUGAGUGGGAAGUGAUCCAGGAGUCGGGCACAAAGCUGAAGCCCAUGUACGGCCCCGGGUACACGGGCCUGAAGAACCUGGGCAACAGCUGCUACCUCAGCUCUGUCAUGCAGGCCAUCUUCAGCAUCCCAGAGUUCCAGAGAGCGUAUGUUGGAAAUCUUCCAAGAAUAUUUGACUAUUCGCCUUUAGAUCCAACACAAGAUUUCAACACACAGAUGACUAAGUUAGGACAUGGCCUUCUCUCAGGCCAGUAUUCAAAGCCUCCGGUGAAAUCUGAGAUCAUUGAGCAGGUGAUGAAGGAGGAGCACAAGCCUCAACAGAAUGGGAUCUCUCCACGUAUGUUUAAGGCCUUUGUCAGCAAGAGUCACCCAGAAUUCUCCUCUAACAGACAACAAGAUGCCCAGGAGUUUUUCUUGCACUUGGUGAAUCUUGUAGAGAGAAAUCGCAUCGGCUCAGAAAACCCAAGUGAUGUUUUCCGGUUUUUGGUGGAAGAACGUAUUCAGUGCUGCCAGACCCGAAAGGUCCGCUACACCGAGAGGGUGGAUUACCUGAUGCAGUUACCCGUGGCCAUGGAGGCAGCGACCAACAAAGAUGAACUGAUUGCCUAUGAACUAACAAGAAGGGAAGCAGAGGCAAACAGAAGACCCCUCCCCGAACUGGUGCGUGCCAAGAUACCAUUCAGUGCCUGCCUUCAGGCCUUUUCAGAACCAGAAAAUGUCGACGAUUUCUGGAGCAGCGCCCUACAAGCCAAGUCUGCGGGUGUGAAAACAUCUCGCUUUGCCUCAUUCCCUGAAUACUUGGUAGUGCAGAUAAAGAAGUUCACUUUUGGUCUUGACUGGGUUCCCAAGAAAUUUGACGUGUCCAUUGAUAUGCCAGAUCUUCUUGAUAUCAACCAUCUCCGUGCCAGAGGGUUACAGCCAGGAGAAGAGGAGCUUCCAGACAUCAGCCCCCCCAUAGUCAUUCCCGAUGACUCAAAAGAUCGUCUGAUGAACCAACUGAUAGACCCCUCAGACAUUGACGAGUCAUCGGUGAUGCAGCUGGCCGAGAUGGGCUUCCCUCUAGAAGCGUGUCGGAAGGCUGUGUACUUCACUGGGAAUAUGGGCGCUGAGGUGGCUUUCAACUGGAUCAUUGUCCACAUGGAAGAGCCUGAUUUUGCUGAACCAUUGACCAUGCCUGGUUAUGGAGGAGCAGCCUCUGCUGGAGCCUCUGUAUUUGGUGCUACAGGGUUGGAUAACCAGCCUCCAGAGGAAAUUGUAGCUAUUAUUACCUCCAUGGGAUUCCAGAGAAGUCAGGCUGUGCAGGCACUACGAGCAACGAACCAUAACUUGGAAAGAGCACUGGAUUGGAUCUUUAGCCACCCCGAGUUUGAAGAGGACAGUGACUUUGUGAUCGAGAUGGAGAACAAUGCCAAUGCCAACAUUAUUUCUGAGGCCAAGCCUGAAGGACCUAGGGUCAAGGAUGGAUCUGGAAUGUAUGAAUUAUUUGCAUUUAUCAGUCACAUGGGAACAUCUACAAUGAGCGGCCAUUAUGUUUGUCAUAUCAAAAAAGAAGGAAGGUGGGUGAUCUACAAUGACCACAAAGUCUGUGCCUCAGAACGGCCACCUAAAGACCUGGGCUACAUGUACUUUUACCGCAGAAUACCAAGCUAAACCUCAGACAUACCAAUUGGCAAGAAGAAGCCAUAUGCCUUUUUAAUUUGCCAAAAAAAAAAAAAAAAAAAAAAGAAAGAAAAAACAAGAAAAAAAAAAGAGAGAGAAAGAAAGAAAAAGAAAAAAAGUUGGGACAGCCAGAUAUGAAGAAGUACAUUGGAGUAUUUAUAGUUUAUUUAAAGAGCGCGAUCACUUGACAUCUUUGGAAAUAGAACUGGGAAGAAAUUUCUAUUAGUGCUGAUACUCUCUUGUAGAUAGUUUUAUAAAUGUCCAAGGAGAGGGUGAUAAUAAAUGAAGCUAUCUGUAUUGUUGUUGUGGCAUCUGCCAUCAGCAUAUCAAAAAUGGGGAUGUAUCCCCAGUCCUGUUUUGCUUUGGGAGUCAGUAGUAGUGGCCUCCAGAGAACUCAAUCAAUGUGGCCAGUGCUGUGGCCUCAACUACAGUAAGCAAAAAGCCCACUUUUGUUUCAUAUAGAACAUCAGCAGCCAAGCUGGGCUUUAUUUGUGGCAUAGUUUUUUUUUCAUUAUGCACAAUAAUUUCUGGCCUACUCAUGUAUAAUAGAACAUCUGUAAUGAAAGCUAUUUUUAAUUUAAAUCAUAUCAAAAUUCAUAAUACAGGUUGUGUGAAUGUGUGAGAGUGAAUGAGAGUGUGUGACCUUUGUAGUCCACUAGAAAAAUCUGUGAUGGGUUGGUUUUUAAAGGCUAAAUAGUUGGUAUUAAGCAGACCUGGAAAAGGCAAGUAAGUAUUUUAGCAAAACUAUCACUCAGGAACAGUUUAAAAAAUUAGUUCCCCACUUAGAUUUUAAGGAGUGGAAAGGACUGAGCUGUCCCACUAAGUGCUAUCAAGAAUGUGCCCGGGUCUGUGCCAUUUGGUGGUAGAAUACCAGAUGCCCACGGCAGUGUGGUAUUGUACUUUUCCAAAGGUCGAUGGAUUCUCUUUCUCAGCAGCCCAUCCCUAAAAGGUACAGUGGUUAUUUUUAGUUAGAACAGCAACCUCUUAUCACACCAUAUGGUAGCUCCUUGGAAUCACAUUUAAUGCCCUGCAUUUGUCUUGCAUUUUUUCAUCUUUGGGCUCUUUGCCUGUCUGUAUUUCCAUGUUUUUCUGGGGUCAGUCUCAUAUCUGGCCUUUUUGUUUUAUCAGCUCCUGACUUGCCCUUAGUGCUUAUUUUCUGUCACCAACAUUGUGGUCUUGGGCACUUUAAGGGUUUCAGAUGCAAAGAAACUUCAUAUGGCAUCUUGAAAGACCAUCCUUUUCUAUUUCAGUAUUUUAGUCACAACAUGAGAUGAAAUCCCAGUUUCAAAUAUGAUACAAAGUGGAACGAUAGCAUUUGUACCAAAUUCCAGAGUCUGUGUAGUUUCUGCUUCAGAUAAUUCAGUCUGAGGUAAAAGGAUUGAUUGCUGUCUGCCUAACGAGAAACUAUAAGAAAAUAGAGCAAAACUGAUCGACUGAAAUGAAUUAGGAUAUAGUAAAUCUGGGACAAUCAGGAUUCUGAUUGUGACUGGCCCAUCUCACAGGAAAUCACUUAUGCCACAUAAGCGAGGGACAGAGAGCAGAACCUGAGGCCAGUGGCCCGGAGACCUGGGUGCUGCCCCUAACUGGCUGUGGACCUUGGGCAAGUCCCUUACUGUCAUAGUGUGAUGAUACCUGCCCUGUCUUGCUUGGCGUGUUCCGAGGCCAUGGUGAGCCUUUCCAGAGAAGAAGGUGGGUGCCAGGGUGGGUCCCAGUAGACUCUGUUCCCUGCCUUCUCUUAUCCGAUGUUUUCUGCAAUUUGGGAACAAAUGAGAUUGGCAGAAGGAGGGAGCUCGUGGUGCAGCAGCUCGCUACUACGCUGUGCCCACAGGUGUCACCUUCUAGUGUUGACUCAAAUCGCAAAACAGUCAUCCCGUGUUGUACAUGUCCCCAGCUCCCGUGGAAAUUCCCACGCUAAGCAGCCUUACAAAGCUGGUCCUCUUAGGACUGAGUAUCUUAAUGAUUCAGGACACUCAUCAGUAAUGGCUUGUUUUCAAUGACAUUGCAAAGCAAAGGCCUUUUUAGGGGUCGGGGGAGGGUUUGGGAAGAUAAUAGGAGAUGGUGUUGAAAUCUGAACAAAGACAGCAUGUGUAUUUUGAACAAAAAGAAAAUUUUAUAAUACAAUUUCGCAAAAUCAAUGGAGCCAAAUCUGCAUUUAAGAUUAUAGGCUAUAAACUAUUUAAUUCCCCUGCGUAGGAAAAGGAAUUUAGCCCUCUUGAUGCCUAAACACAUUGUAAGAAAGUGUACUGUGGCUGCCUUUUUUUCUGCCUCACAAAACAAAGGGCUAUUUCUACAAGGCAAAGUUUUGUAUAUGUGCUACUCUUUAUUUCAGACUGACAGUUGGGAAAAACUGGAGCAAACAAUGAAUUUCUUGCGUAAAGAUGUAUUUCUAUGUGUCUUCUUAGUAUACACAGAGCAGGUUUCCCUGGAAUAAAAGUGAAAUGUAUUGCUAACUUUUACACAUGUGUGUAGAUGAGAUUAUUUGUGAUGGAGAACUGGAAUAAUGUGUGGGUUGUGUCAGCUAAUCAGCCUGUUAGGAAUCCUCCGUGUGAGGCACGGUGGUAUAAUUGUGAAGUCCUCACUGUCUGUAGGUUUCUGUGUGAAAGAUGGCACUUUCUUCCUGUAAAUACCUUUUGAUACCCGUUUGUGUACAAUCCCAAUGAAUGUGUAUUUGGAAAAUGUAAUGUAUCAAAGUUUUAAUUUUGUCACUUGAUCUAAAUGCUUAAAUAAUCAAAAAUCCUGUCUGGUUCAGAUUUGUAUUUUUCUCUUAAAAGAAAAAGAAGUACAUAGAAAAGAUGAUUGGAAAAACUCAUGUUUUAGUGACACUUGUAUCAUUUUCAUUCAGUAUUCUGGAAUUGACUAACCACUUUUCUUGAACCUACAAGAGAAUGUGCCUGCCAUUUCCCCAUUGCUCAUUUUGGGCUCUCUGUAUCUUUUAUUCCCUUUACCUGGCAGCACCCAGCAAGAGUCCCUGGAUUUUUAGCCUGAUUCUGCCUCUAAGUGUGGUAGGACUGAGUUACUUUACCUCUCUGGCUCUUUUCUUUAAAAUGAAUGGGUCAGAUGAGCUGAGAAGUCUCUUCCUACCCUACCAUCUUAUUGUAUUUUUACUUGACUGUGGUUACUACUAGAAUCAGGCAUAUGAGAUACACGAAUCAGUUAGAGGCUUAGAUGCCAGGCUUUUAGAUUGUUACACUUAUACACCCCAGUGUAGAAACUGUCAUUUUUAGUGUCCCCACUUCAUUUCUAUUCUAUGCUUCAUUUAUUUUACUUCAAUAAUCAUCUCACUGUUCUCCACUCUUGAAGCUUAUAUUUUUCAGUCAGUGUAGUAGUAUGCUACUGAUUCCCUCAUAGACAAAAGUCCAUUUCAAAUACUUUCUUGGAAAGCUUCGGCUAAAUCUGUAAAACUUGUUGAAUAUUUGAAAAUUCUGACUCACUCACAGAGAGCUGUGAUUCCCUAGUAAGUGCUGACAGCCUGUUUCUCUCAGCAAGAUUGUCUCUGUCAUCAUGUAGACAUCACUGUUGCUAAAUCUGUCAGACCAAGCAGUCUGUAGAGAGAUUGCAGGGGGUGGGGACAGGCCAGAGCAUGGGACUAGAUGAAAAUGUGAUUCUGCCCUUUAGACGGAAAAUCCUAGGUGACAGAAAAAGAUUCUAUACUCUUAAGUUGGUGUGUAAUAUUGCCUAUGUAGUGUCAUAGAGAUUCCUACUCAGCAAAUGGUCCUAAAAGAGUUUGCAUUCAAUUCUGUAGACCUCUGCUUGUCAGUAACCAUGUGUGGCAAAGUGACCACUCGGGAUGUGGCCUUCCAAACUGAGAAUGUACUCUACACAUAAAAUGCACACCAAAUCUUGAAUAUAUAUACCAGGAGAUGCGUAUCGGGAAAAAGAGUAUAUGUAUUUCAUCAAUAAUUUAGAUUGAUUACAAAUCAUAUUGGCUAUAUUGAUGAACUAGAACAACAAUUUCAUAAAUAUUAGAUAUUACCACUUUUAGUUUACUUUUAACAUGCUACUGAAAAAUUUAAAAUGAGAUGUGUGGCUAAUAUACUUGAGUUAGGCAGUGCUGUGCUCAGCUCAGUGUGAGGCAGGCAGUGAAAUCCCAUAUGUGGGAAGACGAUAUCUGCGAAGCAUCCGAAUAGAUGGAAACAUCACAAAUACUUUUGCUGGAGUCAGCUGCACUGUGAGACACAGAAAACCUCCCAUACAACAGAAGACUUUUUUGCUUAAAAUCAUAUGUAUCAUAUAUAUCUCCCCAAUUAAUAAACAAAAGCAAGUGGGCCCAAACUGCCUUUCUUUGGUGGUGCUGAGGAGCUGCUGCUUUUGCACUUAAUUUUCUAGCAUUUUCCAGGUAUGUUAGCCAUGUGAGGCCUCCUGGCAGGCAAUUGUUCUCUUGAGGUUCUCUUCCCCCGCUCCCCGCAUCAGGUGUUGUUUCAUCUGUUCAAAGCCGGAUGUGUUAAAUGCCGUGCAAAUCAUGCUGUUCUCCAUGUCCUCUGCCUCGGCAGUAGCUGAGCCUGUGGCCUGUGCCCCCUGCCCAGCAGGUUUUGAUGUUGGUUCCUGAAAGAGUUUGUAUUUAUUUUAUUUUGCACUAGUCACAGUUACUGUUUAAAUUCUCUCAAGUGUUUUGAGAGUAUUUGCCUGUGAUGGAGAGAUGGAUGAUUUAUUGCUUUGAUUGUUUUAAAUUAAAAGCUAUUCUCACAAUCUGAA